AUGUCCGCCACCUUCAAAUCCAUCAAAUCCCUCCAACCUCUCCUCGAUCGAGUAUUGGUCCAGCGAUUCAAGGCCGAGACUAAAACCGCUACCGGUAUUUUCCUCCCUUCAUCAGCCACCCAAUCACCCCUCCCCGAAGCUACUGUCAUUGCAGUUGGUCCAGGUGCUCCCAACAAAGAGGGAGUAGUAAACCCAGUUAGCGUAAAGGUCGGUGAUAGAGUCUUGUUGCCUGGUUGGGGCGGAAGUCCCAUCAAGGUAGGAGAGGAGGAAUACCACCUUUUCAAAGAUGCUGAGAUCCUCGCCAAGAUCAACGAGUAA